AAGUAUACGUGCUUAGAUGCGACCUAUUGCAAAGCGCCACUCACCAACCGCUUAAUUAUAGAAUUGUAAUCCAAGUCUGAAGGCCAGAAGGGUACAUGAAAUCCCUCUCGGUCGCCACGCACUUGUGAGUCCGGUAUCGCGCGAGAGCCUUGCUGAUUGCGGCGCCGUCGUCACUCUUCCCGGAGUAGCCGAGAACGUAUUCCGAAAUGCCACACUGUUGGAGGUUGUGCGGCCCCUAACAACUCGACUUUCUGAUAGUCCUGCAUAGCCGCCGUCCUAAAGCGAUUUCUCCAAAAUGGCGCCGAAAGCCGGCGGCAAAAAAGACGCGGGAACGCCGAAGAAGGAGACAACGACAACGGGACAAGUUGGAGGUGCAUUGUUGUUUGUGGUGAAGGGAAUAUCCAAAGUCGGAGCUCCGAUGUGUCCUACUAUGAAAUGAGCCCGACUUCAGAGUGCAAUAUGCUAGACCUUGUUUACUCAAUUACACUCUAUACCGCCGUGUCCAGCGAAGGUCUUUUCUCAGUACGAUAUUAAGCGGAUGAUCCUAUGAUUGCUGCAUGAUUCUCGCUCCAGGUACGACCAACUUCAGCGGUCAGAGCGGCGGGACCCGGCUACAAAUCGUUCUAGAUGCGAAAACAGUGACCCCACAACCCCUGGCUGUCACGCAGAUUUCAGAGAAAGGAAGGGGUCUUAAACCUCUCGAGUCGCAGUUUGAUGGCGAUACUUCGUCGCUGAAGCAGGGAACAGGACUCGGACUGCAUGAGGCACAUGUACGACAUGCUAGACUAAUAUCUGAGAGUGGUGGUUAUCAUUGCGCUGCUGUACCCUUUCUUUUGCAACAUUCUUGGAAUCAGUCGUCGUCGUCGGUGCAUAUGUGUGUGUGUGUGUGUGUCCCGUUCUUUCAGUCGCACCUUCCGGCAAGGCUUUCGCACGUGUCAAAAACACAGGGUGGUGAAGGAAAAGCCGACCUGAACGAGGUAAUAUCGAAGCACCUAACGGAAACUGAGACUACGACCCUAUUCUCUGUCCCGUCGCUCUGCGUAGCGUUAGACGAUACCGACCUCCACGGAGCGGUAUUUUUUGAGUGCUGCACAAUAGCAUAUGCAAUUUUAUUUCACACUUGACAACAAGCAGCAUAAUAGCUAGUUGACACUACAUCUCCUCGAGUAUGAUGAAUCGCAGUCAGUGAGAGUACUUUUGAAAAUGAAAUACUCCGCUCCAGAUAUCAGCGAAGAAUAAAAAGUACGAGGAGUUGCUAGUACAAAAACGAAACGCGGCCGACCAGUAUCGGGGACAGCACCAGCAAACGCUGAACGCGCUCAUGAAAACGAAAGAGAUACUAGGUAGCAUUUUUUUUGAUGUUCAGCAACGCCAAGACAAAAAAAGAUACAGUUGUACUUACGUUUCGUCAGCAGAAAAACGACUAUCCAAAUUCACCUUCAGUAGCUUUUCUCUGAACAAAACCGUGGAACAGACGAUCUUCAGUCACUAAACCAACCGCCAUUCUUCACGCAGCUUUACCACCAAAAACUUCCACUGUCGGCGUUGAAGCAACAGAAUGGGAUAUUCAUGAUAGCUUCGUGACGAAGGCUAUACCAAGGCAUCAGCAAAUCGAAGCUAGUACAGUCCGCGACACAGAGGUUGUUACUUUUUGCCUUAGCUUCUCAGACUGCGUUUUGUCUGAAUGAAAAAAUUUACAAGUACUCUUCUCUUCGGCAUGUCGAGACUCAUCGUAACACAAUCGGAAAUUUUUCAUCACAACAGCUCCUCGUCGAGAGCGCGCUGAAGAAGAAGGGAUGCCUGUUUCCUUUGGGUUCGGGGGAGGCUGCCGACAGCGGCGGUGGCGGGAUCGAGUGGACCUUGCGGGAAGACAAGGACAUUGAAUGUAUGCAAUAUGUCGCUAGCGUCAUGGAGAAGAGCAUUGUGCAGAAUGUCUUCCACGGACAGCACAUGACUUACAGGUGCUUAUGUGUGAUUUUUCUUUAUGACAGUGAAACGGAUGCAUACCGAUGGGACGUUUAAGUCUAUAAGUGGAUCGAGUGACGUGUGAUUUUAAUGGGUGUCUCGACGUGGUUUUCCGCAACUUAAUGUGCCAAACUUACGAGAAGGUCAUUUCCAGCACAAGACAUAGUGCAGGGAUAGAUGUUUGUGACAACAUGAAUGGUGGAACCAACGUUCAGGAAUUAUCCGACGCUUGAGCAGCUGGCCAAAGACGACGCAAAGUGGAAGGCGGCAGCGACCGACGGAUGUGGUGGGGCGGAAUCCGAUAUCGAAAAGCGCAUUGGCGAACUCGGUGAUGGCGAUGCCGGUGCGCCCGAGGGAGGCGAAGCACCUGCCGCGGAGGGUGAGCAGAAAAGACCACAAGAAGGGGCCGAAGUGGCGGCCGCAGAAACUGGCGAACCGGAAGACCCGACGAAACCAGCACUGAGGGAUUUGUUCUCUUUCACGGCACCGCAAGUCACAAAAGGACUCGCGACGACGAACGCAGAGUGGAAUGCGCAUCAGCAGGACUUGCUGGCGGUCGCAUACGGCGACACAAGUGCAACAGUCGAUUCCAUCGCGGCUAGACGACGAAAGGAGGACACACAAGGUGCUUCCGCUUGGAUAGAAUGAUUUUUUUUGAUCUGGGUCUUUUGCAAUUAUGAUCAGAAUGUGUGUUUGUUUGACGUGGAACGAAAACAUGACUUUGAUUUUCGUACCUAUGUUGACAUCAAUGAAAUUGUUGAACAACUGGUUUUUCGACGGCUCACCGCAUCAUCUCCUUGUUACGACGAAACCCUAGGUCUUAUUUUGUUCUGGUCUUUGAAGAAUCCUUCGUAUCCAGAGCGAAUAUUGAAGACAACUGCGGGAGUCUCGAGUUUGGCAUUCUCAGAGACGCAUCCGUCUAUGAUCGCGGCAGGCAUGAUCGACGGCACAGUCGCCAUAUGGGAUUCAAGAAGACAAUCUCAGCAUCCAGUGUUGAUUAGCGGCAGUUCGGUCAGUACUCAAAACGAUAGGAAACACACAGACUGCGUCUGGGAAGUGAAGUGGGUAGUUCAGAUCUACUUGUUGACCACAUAUGAAAUCUUUUUUGCGUACUUCACUGCUGAAGCUGACGUCGCCAAUUUUCUUUCGCGUCUUUCAUUCUUCGAUUUCACAAGGAAGUAGUUCUAGUAUCGUUCUUCCAUAAAAAUCAUUUUCGAGGUACGUAAUGAAAACUCUUUUAGGCCAACCAGUCGCAGGGUGGGUCAGCACAGGCUGGCCAGAUGGAGAAUUUGGUAUCUGUUUCUGGAGAUGGCCGGGUUUUUCAGUGGACAAUGCGCAAAGGGUUGGAACAAAAGACCCUCAUGUCUCUAAAACGAUUGCCGAAUCCACAUCUAGGCUCCAACGCCUUCCGACAGGCGGAAGGUUCAGCGGCCUCCUACCAAGGCGGGCAGUUUCGAAAAGCAGCAGGCAUGGCGGUUGACGUCUUAGAUUCGAGUAGCUAUCUCGUCGCCACGGACGAUGGCUUCGUUCAUAGGUAGUGGUCUGAAGCUAUUUUUCUGCUUCAAGAAGAUUUGAGGGUGUAAAUCUUUUUCGAUUCGAUCUUAACCAUCCUAGUUGUACUAAGCAUAUAUAUAAAUAUAGGUGUUCUGUUUCGCAUAACGAGCAGUAUUUGGAGUCCUUCAGUGGGCAUAGCGGAGGUGUUUACCGUGUUCGCUGCAAUCCGUUCUAUCCGAGCAUUUUCCUGACCUGUAGUAUUGAUUGGACUGUGCGGUUGUGGAGUUGCAAGAAUAAUUUGGUGUUUUCCAAGAUUAAGGCUAGCGUGCACUGGAAUUAAGAAUGAUUUAAGCAGCUAACAAUGUAGAGCCACAAGUAACAGCUAAGUGUGGAAUCAGCUCGUUGAUUCAGCAUAGUAGAAAGUGACACAGAAACUACAACUAGUAUACACUUUCCUCUUCUAAUAAGAGUCGUCGCGAGGUGGACACGCCGAGCGAGAUCGACGGCAUGUCAGCUGCCGGCGACGAGAACGUCGCAACACGCGCGCACCCGACACACGAGAGCAUUCUGCUCAAGUCACCGCUUAUUUCCACGUUCCAAUCUCCGGAUCUAACGCAAACAGUACAGGACGUUGUUUGGCACCCGCAAAACAGCGCCAGUUUCGCGAGUUGCAUGAACGACGGGCGAGUCGAGUUGUGGGAUCUGGCCGUGAAGCCGCACGACCCAUUGGUCGUGCACCAUCCGUCCAGCUUGAGUGGCACCGACCGAACGUUUAUCCGCUUCGCGCGCGAAUCGCCGGUACUCGUGUGCGGCGACGGCGAGGGAACGGUUGCGGUAAUGCGUAGCUACAACACGGAACAAGUGACAGAGCUAAACAGCCAAGAGCAGGUCGAUCGCCUACUCACAGUCAUCGCCCAAAACGAGAGCAAGAAGUAAGGGAACUGCGGAGACAAGUCUGCUUCGACGACACAUCAAACAAUUCACCUCCUAAAAAAAGUUACGAUUCAUAGGAUUCGCUAAUAUCUUAUUUAUAUGAUCAAAUUUGACAACAACUUCUUGGGAAAGUCAUCGGCUGUCAAGUCAGCGAUGGCGGCGGAAACUUCUGUUUGUAUACUAGUAUUUGACAAACCGAUAGUGUCACAAAGAUUUUUAGUUUUGUACUUUUUUUCGAAGAUGAUAGGAGAACCCGUAUUCCGUAUCAUGAUUCAUUCACUAUCUGCCUUUGACAAGUAGAACAAUACAUAGUAAGUCAAUUCCAAAGAGUCUUUUGACCAUCUUUCGUUCCACGCCGCCCAAGUGGCAUGAUGAGAAAUGAUGUGACCUCUUUUGCGCAACGAUCCGCAAACAAAUGUGCGAUGUUUAUACCUUGGUUUUUUGAAUUCGAUGACUCCUUCAGAACGAAUCCGCAGAAAUAGUACCGA